AUGGAUCUCCCCAGCACAGUUCUCAUCAUGGACUCAGAGUAUGAGCAAGGCCACGUUCGUAAGCUGCAGGCACAACAUAUGAGGAUGCAGGAGAAAACCUUCACCAACUGGGUCAAUAACGUCUUUCACCACGGCAAGGCUGGCAUCAGGAUCCAGAAUAUGUACAUCGAGCUGGGAGAUGGUACCCACCUGCUGAAGCUGCUUGAGCUCAUAUCUGGGGAGGUGCUGCCCCCGCCCAACCGAGGACGAAUGCGAGUGCAUUUCCUGGAAAACAACAGCCGGGCUCUAGCCUUCGUGAGGUCCAAGGUGCCAGUGCCCCUAAUUGGUCCAGAGAACAUCGUAGAUGGGGACCAGACCCACAUCCUUGGACUCAUCUGGGUCAUCAUCCUGCGUUUCCAGAUCUCUCACAUUUCCCUGGACAAGGAGGAAUUUGGGCCCAGUGCCGCUCAGCUGUCAGCUAAGGAGGCAUUGCUGGUCUGGUGCCAGCGGAAGACAGCUGGCUAUCCCUACGUGAACAUCACGGACUUCUCCCAUAGCUGGAGCGAUGGGCUAGGCUUUAAUGCCCUCAUCCACACCCACAGGCCUGACCUGAUCAGGUACAGCUCCCUGCGGCCCGAGCACCCCCUGCACAACCUGGAGAAUGCUUUUGAAGUGGCUCACAGAGAUCUGGGCAUCUCCAGGCUGCUUGACCCUGUGGACAUUGCUGUUCCACAGCCUGAGGAGCGCUCCAUCAUGACCUAUAUCUCUCUCUACUAUCACUACUUCUCCCAUCUACACCAGGGACAGACUGUCCAGAAGAGAUUGGCCAAGAUCCUGCAGCAGCUACAAGAGACAGCCAAGUUGCAGGCUCAGUACGAGCAGCUAGUGUCAGAUCUGCUGGGCUGGAUCACCGAGCAGGUGGCCCAGCUGGAGGAGCGACGUUUCCCAGACACCCUCCCGGCCAUGCGUCAGCUGCUGGCCGCCUUUGCCGCCUUCCGCAAGGAGGAGAAGCCCCCUCGGCUAGAGCAGCGAGGGGCGGCCGAGGCGCUGCUGUUCCGCCUGAGCACUGCCCUGCGCGCCCAGAACCGCCGGCCUUUCCUGCCCCCCGAGGGCCUGGGGCCGGGGGAGCUGGGCAGGCGCUGGGCGGGCCUGGAGAGGGCCGAGGCCUGUCGGGAGCACGCCCUACAGGAGCAGCUGCUGAGGUUGGAGAGGUUAGAGACGCUGGCCCGACGCUUCCAGCGCAAGGCCGCCCUCCGGGAGAGCUUCCUGGUGGACGUGGAGCAGGUGCUGAGCCAGCUGGGCACUCCUGUGCCCAGCUCUGCCCUGCUGAGCGCUGCCCUCCAGAAGCUGGGGUCGCUGGAGGCAGAUGUGCAGCCCCAGGAGGGCCGCUUCCAGGCCUUGGCUGAGAUAGCCUCCUUCCUGGAGCAGGAGCGGUACCAUGGCUGGGCAGAUGUGGUCCGAAGGCAGAAGGAGAUCUCUCAGCGCUGGGAGCGGCUCCUAGGAGGGCUUCACCAAAGGAGGGAGCAUCUGGCAAGCUCUCGGGUGGCAUUGGGGCUGCUUCAAGAAGUCGAUGCUGCUGAUGAAGAGCUGAAGGAAAUACAGGUGCUGGCAAGUUCCUCGGCCUGUGGGCAGCACCUGGCAGAGGUGGUGGAGCUUCUGCAGAGACACGAGCUGCUGGAGGCGCAAGUCUCCUCCCAGAGUGCUCCUGUGAGCCACCUUAUCCAAAGGACCACGGAGCUGAGCACCGUGACAGGCACCCACCUGGACGGGCUGCAGAUCCGAGCCUGGGGCUUGUCACAGGUCUACCAGAGUUUGAUUGUGCUCGUCAGAGCCCGGCGGGCCCUGCUGGAGCAGGCCCUCCAGCAGGCUGAGUUCCUGAACAGCUGUGAGGAAGAGGAAUCCUGGCUCCGAGAGAGGAUACAGCUAACUCAGGCGGCUUCCUUGGGCCGGGACCCGGGCCACAUCACAGCAACUCUGUGGAAAUACAAGGCCCUGGAGACUGAAGUCAGCUCCCACCAAGCGGUGUGCAUGGAAAUCACCAGGAAGGCCAAGGAGCUGAGCCCCCAGGGCUACCCAGGCCAGCCAGACCCACAGGAUCGGGCAGAGGCCAUCCACAGUCAAUGGCAGCAUCUCCGGGACAAGAUGGCAAAGCUUCUGGCCUGUCUGCAGGCUGCCCUGCUCAUCAAGCAGUAUUUUGCAGAUGUGGACGAGGUAGAAUCAUGGCUGCAGGAGCAGCAGUCCCUGUUGGCCAGUGAGGACUACGGGAAGGACGGGGCUGGCGUGGCGGUCCUGCUCCAGCGUCACCAGCGACUGGAGCGAGAAGUGUGGGCCUGUGGGCUGGAGGUGAGACGGCUGGAGGAGAAAGCGCAGACUGCCGCCGCCCAUGCUGCACUCAUGGUAAUCAACCUGGCCCUGGUGAGAUGGGAAAACAGGCUGAGCCCAGGAUCAGAUCGAAGACUGGACUCCCACUCCCCAAUGGAGAGCCAGGAAGGCAGGAGUCAGAUGGAUGGCGAUGGAGCUAGGAAGUCCCAGGGCUGGCUACAGAACUCAGCAGCCUCAGCAGCGGCUGGCCAUCAGCUCUGGGUCAGGAUGCGUUUCACAUACAGAGGGGAGAGCCUCACCUGGAUCCGGGGAGACAUCCUGGAGCUGGUUGCCAAGACAAGUCCUUCCACCUGGAGGCUAAAGGACGCAGAAGGUUGCCAGGCAGAAGUGCCAACAAGCUAUGUCACAGAGCUUGAUCCUCCCCAGGUGGCAUCACUGAUGAACCCCUUACGUGAAAAACCAAAGAACCAGAGAACCAGGCAGAUGCCCUCAUGGCAAUCUGUCCACUGGGGCACCCAGGAGAUCACCAGCCCAUUGGAGCUAGAUCUUCAUUUUGACCCUGAAACAAUCUGCAAGACCCAGGACCACCUGAACCAGGAAUACCAGGUCCUACAGGCCUUGGCACAGCAUCGCAGGACCCAGCUAGAAGAAAUGUCUACCUUGUUCUGUUUCUAUGACUCUUGUGGAGAACUCCAGUCCUGGUUAGAGGACCAGACAGUGUUGUUCCAGACCCUGAAUCCCCAGGCUGAGAAUGUGGAGGUCGACAGGAAUAAAUUUGAGAAUUUCCUCACUGCUCUGGCUAUGGGGAAAGGACACUUGGUAGAGAUCAGUAGUUCAGCAGAAAAACUGAGGCAGAGAAUUCCUGAUCACACAGCCAAGAUCCAGCAAUGGCAACAGGAACUGGGCCAGAGAUGGGAGCAGCUGGAGGCGCUGAAGGAGGAGAAGGGAUCACUUCUGGCCAGCAUGGCAGAUGUGCACAGCUUCCUGCAGGAGUGUGGACCCACCCAGACCCAGCUGCAGGAUAUUAUGGUGAAGCUGGAGUCUAUGAGGCCGGCGGACUCAAUGGGCAGCUGUCGACGUUCCCUGCAAUCAACCCAGCAUGAGAUGUUGGUGCUGGAGCGCAAAAUCAGCUACCUCGUCAGCGUGGUUACCAAGAUUGAAGAGACAAGCCCUAUGGAGAGCCCAGUGCUGCGGGAACGAGUAGAAGCCCUACAGGCCCUGCUAAAUCAAGCGCAGGAGCGGGCUGCCCAGAUGGCCCAGGCCCAGACGCAGGCCCAGGCAGGGCACAGCUUCCUGAGGGAGAGUCGGCAGCUGCUGUUGUGGGCAGAGGGCGUUCAGUCCCAACUGGAUAGCAAGGAGAUGGGUGUGGACGUGGCCUCGGCCAAGCACCUUCUGGAGGAGCACAGAGACCUGCUGGAAGAGAUCCGUGUCCAGCAAGAGAGGAUGAGACAGCUAGAGGCUCGGGGCCAACAACUGGCCAGCUUGGAAACCCAGGAUUCCCAAGCGGUGGCCGAUGCACUGAAGCAGUUGGGUCAGCAGGCCCGUGGAGUGGAUGUGGCGUGGGAGCGGUGCCAUCGACGGCUGCAGCAGGGGCUGGAGCUACAGAUGUUUGUCCGGGAAGCCGAUGGCUUUGGUGCUACCUGUGCCAACCAUGAAGCAUUCCUUCGACUGGACAGCCUUGGGGAGGAUGUGGGACAUGUGCAGAAUUUGUUGCAACGACACCGGGAAUUUGACCACCUGCUAGAGACAUUGGGUCCACGUGCGGAGAGCCUGAAGUCUCAUGGGGAGAGGCUGACAGAGAGGCAACACUUUGCUACCCACAUGAUCAGAGAAAGGAUAGUAAAUACCCAGAAUCGAUGGACCAAACUCCAAGAGAUGAGUAAACAAAGGAAAAAGCAGCUGCUGGCUUCCCUCCAGUUACAGGAAUGGAACCAGGAUGUGGCCGAAAUGACUUUGUGGAUGGAGGAGAAAUGUUUGAUUGCUGCAGAUGAGUCAUACCGAGAGCCUGGCAUUAUUCUCCACAAGCUCAAAAGACAUGAGGCAGCAGAGAGUGAGGUCCUGGCAAACCAGCCAAGGGUUGAGCAGCUGCGGCAGCUUGGAAACAAGCUUCUUGCUACCAAGCAUGAUGCCCUGGAUGACAUACAAGCAAAGCUACUGGUCCUGGAGAAAAAAUGGGAGGAGCUGAAUCACAAAAUGGCAGAACGUGGAGAUAAGCUGCGUCAGGCAGCACAACAGGAGCAGCUCAUGGAGCAGCUGCAGGAGGCCAAAGAUAAAAUGGAGCAGUUGGAACGGGGGCUGCAGAGCGCAGAGACUGGUCACGACCUCCGCUCCAGCCGAGAGCUACAAAUAAAGCACAAGAAAUUGGAAAGUGAGAGCCACGAGCUGGCAGAUAAGAUGAGCACCAUUGUUACCCGGGCCCGAACUGUUGCCACCAAUCACUUUGACUCCCAGACCAUCCUGGAUGAGACACAGAAAUAUCUCCAAAGGUUUCAGGCUCUUCAGGGGCCGCUGGCAGCACGCAGGCAGCAGCUGCAGGCUUCGGUCGAGCUCCAUCAAUUCUACCACCUGCGAGGCCUGGAAAUCAGCUGGGUGAAGGAGCGCAUGCCCGGUGCCAACUCUGCCAUCUGCGGCAGGUCCCUGGACGCAGCCCAGAGGCUUCUGUACAAACACAAGGUGACGCCGACCCUGCUCCAUCCCAGCCACCUCACUCCCCGCACCCCAGCCACCCACUGCUCCCAGACCCCUGGUUGUCUAAGCUUUCCAGAGACCUACCCUGGUGGCUGGAUCCUUCCAGCAUCCCCACUUCCAGCUGCUCUGAUGUUGAGGUUCUUGGAGCUUCAGGCAGAGGUGAAGGUUCAUCAGGUCCAAAUGCAGAAGGUGCUGGCAUCUGGGCAGAGCAUGGCAGCCUGCGGGCACCCUUCUGCACAGGACAUCACAGAAUGGUGCCAGAAGCUGGAGAGCUGCUGGCUAGAGCUGAAUGAAGCCUGCGAGGGGCGGGCCAGGCGGCUACAGCGCUCUAUUGCCUACUAUCAGUACUUGCUCGAUGUAUCAGACUUGGAAGGCUGGUUGGGCGAGAAGCGGCCUUUAGUGAGCAGCCAAGACUAUGGCAAGGACCAGCUGGCCACCAUCAGCCUCAUCAAGAAACAUAAGGCCCUAGAGCAGGAGCUAGCCCUCUAUGGGAGCUUUGUAGCCGAGCUCAUCCAGACGGCACAAACCCUCACGAGCCCCGGGUGCCCUAAUGAGAUCCCUGUGCCUCCAGGAAGUCUACAAAACCAGCUUCAGGAGCUGAAGGAGCUGGCGACCACAAGAGGUCGUCGACUGGAGGAGGAGCUGAGGCUGCAUGAGUUCAUCCAGGAGGCUGAGGAGCUACAGGGCUGGCUGGCCAGGCAGAAGCAGGUGGCCAGUGGUGAGGAAGAGCCAGGAGAAGACUACACACAUGUGCUGCACCUCCGGGCCAAGUAUGAGCUGUUUCAGCACCGGGUAGAGACAGGUGGAAGGCAAGUGGCAUCCUGCCAACAGCUAGCAGAGACCCUGCUGGAGGGCCGGCACGGUGCCACCCCAGAGAUCCGCCAGAGGCAGCAGGAACUACAGAGCGCCUGGGCAGAGCUGUGGGGGCUGACCCAGGCACGGGGCCAGUCACUCAGGGAUGCAGAGACAGUGCUCAAGAUUCACCAGGACCUCACCGAUGCCCUCGCCCACGUACAGGAGAAAGCCACAAGUCUACCUGAUGCCGUGGCAUGGGAUAGGCAUGGGGCCCAGGCUCAGCUCCGGCGGCAUGAGGAGCUGGAACAUGAGCUCUCGGGCACUGAGCAGCAACUGCAGGAGCUAUUGGAUGCAGCUGAUGAGACGCAGAAGCUGUGCUCAGGAGCUCGGGCAGAGGCCCUGCAGAGCCAGCAGGAAGCUGUGGUGCAGAGCUGGGAGUCACUGAGGCUGCUGGUGGAAAGGCGUAGGGGAGAGCUGGAGCGGGCCUCCUUGCUCGCAGCCUUCCAUACUGUGGUACAACAGUAUUCAUCCUGGGCGACUGGAGUUCAGAGGGAGCUGCAGGCAAAGGAGACCUCCCGGGAUGCCAGCAGCAGCCACUUGCAGCUUAGUGAGCACCAAGACGUCCGGGCCAAGCUGGAGGCCCGGGAGGAGGUGUACCAGCAGGCGGUACAGCUGGGCCAGGGGCUGCUCCUGGAGGAGGGAGCCCCUACUGAAGAGAUCCAGGAGAGGCUAGGAGCCCUCCGGGAAGAGCGGCUGAAGGUGUUCCAGGCUUGGGAAGGGAAGCAGGAGCAGCUGAUGACCGUGCACCUUGGACAGCUCUUCAGCAGAGACUGUGACCACUUCACGAAGAUCCUCACUGCCCAAGAGGUCUAUCUGAAAACCAGUACCUUGGAAAGCUCAGUGGAGGGCCUGGAGAGGCUGAUCCGGAAGCAUGAAGCUUUCCAGAAGAUUCUGGCCACCCAGGAUGAGAAGGAGGCAGCCCUACAGGAGCAGGUGAAGCAUCUCAAGGGAGCCAGGGUGCAUGAAUUACUGAAUCUGGUGCGGGAGCGACGAAGGCGAGUAAAGGAGCAGGCCCAUAACCACGGGGAAGCCCUGCGUACCACCCUGUUGCUGGCGAGUUUCACCAGGGACGUGGCUGAGGCAGAGGACUGGAUCCAGGAGAGAGCUCAGCGGUUGGAGGAACCUAGCCCAUGGGGUUCUGGUGACCUGAAGGACAAGCUGAAGUGCUUACAGAAACACCAGGUCUUCGAGGCUGAGGUCCAGGCCCAUGAGGAGGUUAUAACCCAAGUCACCAAGAAGGGAGAAGCUCUCCUGGCCCAGAGCCAUCCUCAGGCCAGAGAGAUUCUGGAGAAACAUCAGAGGCUUCUGGAUCACUGGCACAAGCUGAGACAGGCCGUGGUUGCCAGGGGCAGGGGCCUGGAGGACAAACGGGAUUUCUUAGAGUUUCUACAGCGGGUGGACCAAGUAGAAGCCUGGAUCAGGGAGAAGGAAGUGAUGGUGAAUGUUGGAGACUUGGGCAGAGAUUAUGAACAUUGUCUACAGCUCAGCAGACGGCUGGGUGAAUUCCGAGGCACUGCCUUAUGGGAGAUGGUGGAUGAUACCCACAUCAAGGCCAUUAAUGCCAUGUCCCUUCAGCUCAAGAGCCGAGAUCCAGAAGAAGUCAAGAUCACCUACCAGCGACGACGUCAACUCAAUGAGAGAUGGAAUAAUUUCCAUGGCAACCUCCUCCGAUACCAACGACAGCUAGAGGGUGCCCUGGAGAUGCAUGCACUGGUCCAGGAGUUGGACAAUAUCAUGGAAAGGAUUGGAGAGAAGAGUGUUCUGCUGCAGGCCCCAGACUAUGGAAAGGACCUGGGGGAUGUAGAGAGACUACUAAGGAAACAUGAAGAAUUGGAUCGGGAGAUCAGUGUCAUCCAGGCCCAGAUGGAGCCACUGGAGCAGAAGGUCAGUCGUUUGUGUCAGAGUAGCCCCGGGGCAGCCCAGACCCUCAUCCACAAACAACGGGAGCUGAACAUCAGCUGGCAGGGGCUGCAGGCCCAGGCCAAGCAGAGGAGGGAGAAACUGGAUUCUUCCUACCAAGUACAGAAGUUACACGCCAUGCUGCGAGAACUGCUAGGCUGGGUGCAAGGGCUGAAGACCCAGAUGGAGAUAGGAAGCCUUCCCAGCAGUCCUGCCGAGGCCAGACGAAUGAUGGAGGAGCACCAGGAGCUCAAGGCAGAGCUAUCAGCCAGGGCAGAGAGCAUCGACUUGAUACGAAGCACUGGGAAACAGCUGCUUGGUGCCGGACACCCAAUGGCCCCAGAUGUUUGCCAGGCCCUGGCCAGUUUUGAGCAAGAACUAACUGGGCUGGAGGAGAACUGGCAGGAACAUCGACUCCGGCUACAGCAGGCCUUGGAUUUGCAAAUGUUCCUGAGUUCCGUGGAGCAGAUUGAAAGUUGGCUCAACAACAAAGAAGCGUUCCUGGCAAAUGAAGAUCUGGGCAAUUCCUUGGCCACCGUGGAGACCUUACAGUGGAAACAUGAACAGUUUGAGAAGGGGCUAGAGACCCAACUGGAGAAGAUCAGCACUAUGGAAAUCAUGGCACUAAACCUGAAUCAGAGCCAACACCCAGAGGCCCGGUGUAUCACCAACAAAUGCCAACUGGUGCUUUCAAGAAAGGAGAAGCUGCUGGAGAGUAUCCAGGCCCGACGGCACCAGCUAGAGGGAUUCCAGCAGCUACAGAGAUUCCUGCAGGACUGCUGUGAGGUGUCCAUGUGGCUGGGUGAGAAGAACCUUGUGGCCUUAGAUGAAGGUUGGCGGGACGCCAGCACCCUGCAGGCCCAGCUGCAGAAGCACCAGAGCUUUCAGGCCGAGCUGGACGCCAAUGUUACCCAGCUUCAGAAACUGCAAACGGAAGGGGAGAAACUGCUGAAGGAGGGGCACCCUGCCCUGGAGACCGUUCAGGAGCGGCUACAAGAGAUAGGAGAUCUCUGGAGUCAGCUGCAGGCCAACUGCCUCAAGAAGGGAACCAAAUUACAGGAUGCUUAUAAGGCCCUGCGUUUCCAGAGGAAAGCGGAGGAGGUGGAAAGGUGGCUGGAGAACCUGGAAGAGGAGCUUCGGGCUCCCCUGGGUGGACAGGCCUUAGCAGGUGUGCAGGAGCUGCUGGCCACCCAGGCAGAGCUGGAGGCAGCCAUGGAGGGCCAGGUGGGAGCUGUGCAGGCACUGAUGGACCAGGCCCGGGCCCUUGGCUGUGGAGGUCACUUCAGAGCUGGGGAGGCCGAAGAGCAGGCCCAGCGCCUGCUACAGAGGUACACUAAUCUAAGGGAAUCCCUCCAGGAGCGCCGGGGGACCCUAGAAGCCAAGAGCCUUCUAUACCAGUUCUUCCAAGAUGUAGAGGAUGAGCUGGCUUGGGUGCAGGAGAAGCUGCCUUUGGCUACAGCCCAGGAUUAUGGACAGACCUUGAAUGCUAUUCAGCAACUGCAAGAAAAGCACCAGAACUUGGAAGAUGAGAUCAGCAGCCAUGAGGCUCUGGCCCAGGUGGUACUGGACACAGGUCACAAGCUAGUCCAGGGGGGGCAUUUUGCUGCCAGUGAGGUGGCUGCCCGGCUUCAGCAGCUGAAAACUGCAAUGGGCAGACUUCAGGGUGGGGCAGAGCAGAGACGAUGGAGGCUUCAGCAAGUUCAUGAGGCCCGGCAGUUUCUGACAGAGCUCCUCGAGGCAGAAUCCUGGCUGUCUGAACAAGGCCUUCUCCUGGACAACGAGGAGCUGGGGCAAAAUGAGGAGACCACUGGGGCCAUGCUGCGGAGGCUAGAGGCCACAAGGAAGGACCUGGAAGGAUUCUACCCUCGGCUUGAGAAGCUGCAGGAGACAGGCACCAGCCUAAAGGGCAGACCCAACCCAGACAGCCUUAAAGCGCUGACCCAUCUACAAACUCUGAGGGAGACCCACAAGGGGUUACUGCAGAAGGCCAAGGGCUGGGAGCGAUGCCUACAAGAGCAGCAGCACCUUUUUCAGCUGGAGCGGGAGGCCCAGCUUCUGGAUACCUGGUUGUCAGACAAGCGGGCCACAGCUGAGUCCCAAGACUACGGGCAGGACCUGGAGGAUGUCAAGGUACUGGAAGAGAAGUUCCAUGCUUUCCAAAAGGAAGUACAGACCUUGGGGCCAACCAAGAUUCAGGGCUUUCUCGAGCUGGCUGGCAACCUGGAACAAGCAGCCCCCAGCUGCUACCCCAAGAUUCAGGCUCAAAGGAGCCGCAUCGAGGACUCCUGGGAGCAGCUGAACAAAGCAAUGAGGACCCGCACAGAGAACCUGGUGGCUGCCAGAGAGGUCCAUGGCUUUGAUCAGGCAGCGGCUGAGCUAUGGAACUGGAUUCAGGAAAAGGCCACUGUGCUGGGUCAAGGGGACUAUGGCCACAACCUGUCAUCUGUGCAGGCCCUUCAACGACAGCAGAGGAACCUGGAGUGGGAGCUGGUAGCCAUGGAGAAGGAAGUGGGCCGGGUGCAGGCUGAAGCAGGCUGGCUGGGCCGGCUGUACCCGGCCGUUCAGGAAAGCCUGGCUGAGAGACUGGCAGAGGUGCAGGAAUCCUGGAGCGCACUGGACAAAAAGGCCCAGAAUCAAAGCCAGUGGCUGCAACAAGCUGAACGUGGCCACAUCUUCCUAAGCCGCUGUAGAGAGCUGCUAGGCCUGACCCAAGAGAUGCAGAGGUUAGUAACAUUGGAAGAACCGUUUGCGGACGUGACCGGGGCAGAGCGACAGUUACUGCAGCAUGAAGGGCUCAGGCAGGACAUUGAAGAACACCGGCUUCUGGUGCAGGCUGCUCAGCGAGAAGGAGAGCAGCUGGCAGGCAGCGGCCAUUUUAUGGCCCAAGAGGUGAUGGAGUGGCACCAAGAACUGGGAGACCAGCUGCAGGAAUUGCAGGAAAAGUGGGUACGUCGUCAUGGGCUGUACAAAGAGAACUUGGAGCUGCUGACGCUCCGGCAGGAGCUAGAAAAGGCUGACAGUUGGCUGAGCUCAAGAGAGGGCCUCCUCCUGGACCCCAACCUCGGGGACUCGGUGUCUGAUGUAGAAGAGUUACUCAGAAAGCACCAGGACCUUGAGAAGAUGCUGGCCUCUCAGGAAGAGAAGUUUGACCAGCUGCAGAGGAAGACUGAGGCAUGGGGCCAAGGCACAAUACUGCCCCCGAAUCUCAUCAAUGUCAGCUGA